AAAUUCGUGUCACCCUUAUAUAACACUACAUAGCAAGUAAGAUGUCCUGAUAUUCUGAUGUGUAUUUGCCUUUGAACUAAUGGGAAAAAAAGGAAACAAAACCCAAGUGAAGACGUUUUCGAGAUAUGUACAUGUGUAGACAUCUUCGAGUGUAUUUUUAGCUAAAUCAUGGUAGUUAAAGCUAUACGAAUAUUCCUGGCUGCCGUGGUCCUUGUAAUGUCCGUAGCAAACAUCCUAUUCAUCGUUGAAAACUGGAACACGGCUCAAACUGAAGCAGCUAGAAGGAGCUGGCCGUUCGAGAAAGAAGAAAGUAACAGGAUUGUGCCGAGCAAAGCUUUCGAAACAACUGCAAGUUCUGUAGAAGGCGGUGAUAUAGAUAUACAGGUUUACUCCAGCAAGGAAAAGGCGUCGGUAAUUGUUAAUGGUGAAGUGGUAUCAGAAAUGAACCUAGAGAGAAUGCGUGGAAUUGCUGCAUUUGUUUUAAACCAGAAAACUGGCGCUCUCAUGGCAGCCAGAGCGUUUGAUACGUACGCGUCGAAAGAGGAAGGCGAGGAAAUUGUCAAAUUUAUCGAGAUUCUACAAGACGGAAGAAUCGUUUGCUUGGCGGUAAAGGAUGAAGCAGCCAACAGCUUGGAAAGCGAAGUUCGCAAGUACAUUGAGAAGUUGGGAAGUGGCUUCAUAAGAGAUCUCGGCUGGCGAGAUAUGUGGGCUUUUAUAUUUCAGCGAAAUAGCAAAGAGAAAAACGUCUUCGCUGAGAGUCAUCAGAAAGCUCCCGAUUUUGACAACUGGGCAAAAGAGGUUAUGAUUAGAACGUCUUUGAAACGAGAACAGGGUGUGGCUAGUGAAUGCGGCUGGGAUAAUAACGACAGUAAUAUGCGAAGAAGAGAAUUCUGCGAGAGAAUCGAAGGAUAUGGACGUGUCUGUCACUGCGAGGAUCCAGAGUCGAUCGAUUUCGACCCUCCUGCUCUCGAAGAUGGCAGCCGCAUUGAUCUUCCUGUGUUAAUCAUGGCUGGAAAUCGCCCACAGUACUUAUUCAGAAUGCUCAAGUCACUGCGUAGAGUCCAGGGUCUGAAUCCUGACAUGGUAACAGUGUUUAUUGAUGGAUUCUUUGAUGAACCCGCCUCAGUUGCCCGAAUGUUUGGCCUCAGAGUUUUUGAACAUGAGGGCGUUAGUAAAAAGAAUUCAAGGAUCUGCCAGCACUACAAGAGGUCACUAACAACAUCUUUUGACGCGUUCCCUCAAGCCAAAUACGUGGCAAUCAUUGAGGAAGAUCUUGAAGUUUCUGUUGAUAUCCUCACUUACUUCAACCAACUUCUACCAGUCUUGGAAAACGAUGAAAGUGUUUACUGUAUAUCGGCUUGGAAUGAUCAGGUUUUCGAAAUGAUGUCUAAGGCAAAUCGCUUUAUUUUUUUAAGGGUUUUAAGUCGUAAAUUAUACAAAGGCGAACUCGAGGCAAAGUGGCCUGCGCCCGAUGUCUUCUGGGACUGGGACAUGUGGAUGAGAAUGCCUAACCAAAGGAAGGGCCGUGAGUGCAUUAUACCGGACAUCUCGCGCACCUAUCAUUUUGGGGCCAAAGGCCUGAACGUGGGCCCGGCGAUGAACGACGCUUAUUUCAAGAGACAUGCCAUAAACACAGUACCUAACGUCAAAAUAGACGCUGACCUCAUGUACAAGGACAACUAUGAGCAGGAGAUUAAUCGGCUAUUGAGUCAAGCGGAACUUCUUGAUCAUUCAAUAACACCGUGCACAAAUCCCAAAAACUUCAUCCCUGACACCCAAAACAAGAUUUACCUGUUCUACAUCAGGAUGGACAACACGCACGACUAUCUCACGUGGACGAAUGUGGCCAGAUGUUUCAGAAUCUGGGACUUGGACGCUCGCGGAUUCCACAAAAGUCUGUGGCGAAUGUGGGUUAAGGGAAAUCACGUGAUAUAUAUUGGCUGCCCUGCAUCUCCGUAUUGUAAUCAAAAACCCAGUGAUGUUGAACCUAUUUAUAUGCCGAACAAAGAGACUCGACCAUCAGAUGAGAACUUCUUUGCUAAAUAAAUUGACGAACACUUCCUAUACCUCAGAAGACGAAAAGGUAGUAAUAUAGACCCUAUUCACAAAUGGCUGCCAAAAGAAUUUUUAAUUGGCGACCAUUUAUGAAUAGGGUCUAGAGACAAGAGAGAAUUAAUUAAGGGUAACACACUUAAUCCCUCAUAUAGGUCUUGUUUCCAUGGUAUUCCCUCUCAAGUUAUUUUUAGACAUGGUAUCCAGUUGCCUCGCGGGUGAUGUUAGUUACCACGCGCGUUGCGUGGAUGUUUUCGUGGAACAUUAAAAAAUACGUGUACGACCGUUUGGGCUGUCCACGUGAGCAAAGUUCGCAUAACAGGAUUGGCUAUUUUUAGACCUGCCUGGGAUUUCUUAGACUGGCAGUGUUCUAAAAGUAACUUAAGACGGAUUACCUUGAGAAUAAGGUCUAUAGAAGGGAAUAACUCCCUCACCCUUCACCUUCUCUUGUUAUGGACAGAAAGGUGGUAAUGGAGAUUUAGAUCACUACAACGGAUGACUGUUUGUUUUAUUAACACCAAGGCUUGAACACCAGUUGACAGUGUUUUUACCAAUUUUGUCUGCCUUGCAUCUUGAGGAAGAUAUGGUGUUUCCCAGACAAGAUAAUGGUCGGGCGAAAAAUACGUUAAAACAAUAUGAAGGCCCCCGCAAACAAUAAAACAAUUUCACGGAAACAUGUAUGCAUCGUUUUCAAAACUAUAUUUUGGGUUCGCGAAAACGGAGAAACCUAUGCUUCGAAAACAAACUGUUUCUGAAUAAGUUCAAAAAUAUCUUUAGCUUCUUGAAAACAAAUUAUGUUUCCGUAACCUUCAAGGCGCUCAGUCACGGUAUUGUGAGCAUGUAAAAACUAACCUUCAAAUUGAAGAAACCCUGAAAAUAGUGGUUUACUAAGAUAGAAAAACACCAAUGAGAUAAUAACAAACCAUAAAGGAACAAGGAUGGUGGAGGAUGGAGACGAUUAAUACGGGUUACAAACGACAAGUUUGAAAAAUUUAAUUGGGCUGAACUUUUCAGGAUGCCCAAACUGUGACGUAGUCCCUUUAAGUAAUCAAUGUAAGUCUCAGGAAGAGGCUUAAAAAUACUUUAAAUAGUUUAACUAGUUAGGUGUUUGCAUUUCAAAAAAAUAUUUCGUGGCCCUUGUCAUAUAACAAUGUUUUCAAUAAAGCUUUCAAAUUUUCAAAAUGGACGAUAUUUUUGUGGAUGAGGCGAGAGAUAGUUAAUCACUCAUAUUGAUCUUAUUUCUAAGGUAAUCUCUCUCAGGGCCCGUCCACACUAUGCCGGAGAAAUUUGAAAACGGCGUCUUCUCUCUGAAAACGCAUCAAA